GGAAAUGAUUGGAGAGAGCUGGCUGGCUGCAGCUGCAUUGUAGGCUGUUUUCAGGGACAAGAAGCUACUGUUUUUCAAACAUAGCAUAAACAUUGAAGUUAUUUUGUAGGCUUCAGGAUGCAGCUAUGGGCUGUGCUGCCAGCAUUGUUCUGCUUCAAGCCUUUCGUUCAGUGGUACAGAGGAACUGUGCACAUAUUUGUAGACGACGGCAAGAGGAAUUAUCACACGAAAUCCUGCCUCUGGAUAGUGAUGAUGAAAUGAGCAGACCCAGAACUCUCAUUAUUAUGCAGGAGAAACCUAAACUUCUAGAGCCUUUGGAUUAUGAAGCGGUCAUUGCAGAAAUUGAGAAGACUGUUGAAAACGAUGAUCUCAAAGACCUCAUAUUGUUCCCAGAUGAUGAUUUUUCAAUAGCCACACUUCCCUGGGAAAUAAGAACACUAUACUCAUCAGUUUCUGAAGAUGCAGAGGAAAAAGCAGAACACUUGUUUGUUAAAGAGGCUUGUAAAUAUUACAGUUCCCAAUGGCAUAUUGUAGACUACAAAUAUGAGCAGUACUCAGGAGAUUUUAGACAUUUACCAAGGCAUGAGUAUGGACUAGAUAAACUCCCUUCACAUUCCUUUGAAAUUGAUCAUGAAGAUGUUGACAAGGAUGAAGAUACAACAUCCCACUCAUCUUCGAAAGGUGGUGGAGGAGGAGGAGGGACGGGAGUUUUCAAAUCUGGCUGGCUUUAUAAGGGGAAUUUUAACAGCACAGUAAACAACAGCAUUACGGUUCGGUCUUUCAAAAAGCGCUACUUCCAGCUGACGCAGUUGUCAGACAACUCAUAUAUAAUGAACUUCUACAAAGAUGAAAAGAUCUCAAAGGAGCCCAAAGGCUGCAUCUUUUUGGAUUCCUGUACAGGGGUUUUGCAGAAUAACAGGCUUCGGAAACAUGCCUUUGAGCUGAAAAUGAAUGACUUGACAUACUUUGUGCUGGCAGCUGAAAAUGAGCAAGAUAUGGAUGAAUGGAUUUUCACUCUCAACAAGAUUCUGCAGAUCAAUCCAGAAGGGUCCGUUCAAGAGAGAAAGAGCGCAGACAUCACAGAUCUGAAAUUUGAUUCUGAAGACAUGUCAGUGAAUUAUGAUUGCCCACAAGAGGAAACUGAUUCUUCAGAGAAUAGCUUGCAUCCAGAUUUUUCUAAAUACCUCACAGAAACAGAAGAAACUGUCAGAGCAUCUCGAAAUAUGGAUCGGCUAAAUCUGUUCUCCCUAGAUCCUGACAUUGCUGCAUUGAAUCUACAAAGGAAAGAAUGCCAAGCAACAGAUUCAUUGCUCAAGCCUUUUGAAGAGAAGGAUGCAAAGCGAAUCAUGAUAACAUGCAAAUCCCUUAAUCUGAAUCUUCAAGCUUGUGUUUCUGAGAAUGAAAAUGAUCCAGUCACCAAUAUUGAGCCUUUCUUUGUGAGUGUGGCUCUUUUUGAUGUGCGGGACAAUAGGAAACUCUCGGCUGAUUUCCAUGUGGAUCUAAAUCAUACUCUGGUCAGACAGAUGAUGUCAGGUUCUUCGUCCUCGUUAGAAAAUGGUACUAUUGAGACUGUUGGCACCAAAGAAGAAGAACCACAGGUUAAAGGGUUUCCAGAAGAAUGGCUGAAGUACCCAAAACAGGCUGUUUUCUCAAUAAGCAAUCCCCAUUCUGAAAUUGUUCUGGUGGCAAAAAUUGAAAAGGUGCUCAUGGGAAAUAUCACCACCAGUGCAGAACCUUAUAUAAGGAACUCAGACUCUAACAAGUGGGCCCAGAAAGUGUUAAAAUCCAACAAGCAAUUCUGCAGCAAGUUGGGGAAAUAUCGGAUGCCCUUUGCUUGGUCUGUACGACCAGUCUUUAAAGAUAAUCAGGGAAAUAUUGACAGAGAUUCCCGGUUCUCACCUUUGUUCAGGCAAGAAAGUAGCAAAAUUUCAACAGAUGACUUAAUGAAACUUAUCAUGGAAUACAGAAGAGCAGAGAAGAUCAACAAAAUUCAGAUCAUCCCUGGCAGUUUAGAAAUCAUAGUUGACUGUGUACCUUUAGAGCACCAAAAUUGUAUAACAUCAUCUUUUAUUCCAAUCAAACCAUUUAAUGAUAUCAAGGAGCAUCAACCAACAGUAGAACUGGAAGAAUUUGUCCAAGAAUCUACAAAGUACUCCCAGACUUACAGAUCAUAUAAAAACCAAAUCUAUAUAUAUCCCAAACAUCUGAAAUAUGAUAACCAAAAAUGCUUCAACAAGGCACGGAAUAUAACUGUGUGUAUUGAAUUUAAAAGUUCCGACGAAGAAGGAGCCAAACCCAUGAAGUGUAUCUAUGGGAAACCUGAUGGACCGCUGUUUGCAUCAGAAGCAUAUACAUCUGUGCUGCAUCAUUCACAGAACCCUGAUUUCUAUGAUGAGGUGAAAAUUGAGCUGCCUACUCAUCUCCAUAAGAAGCACCACAUUCUGUUUUCAUUUUAUCAUGUCACCUGUGACAUAAAUGCAAAAGCUAAUGCCAAAAAGAAAGAGGCCCUGGAAACAUCAGUGGGAUAUGCUUGGCUACCUUUAUUGAAAGAUGACCAACUAGUGUCUCAAGAACAUAAUAUUCCAGUGGCAUCCAGCCUUCCUCCUGGUUAUCUAAGCCUUCAGGAUCCUGCAGCUGGAAAGCAUAGUGGAAGUGACAUUAAGUGGGUAGAUGGAGGAAAGCCACUCUUCAAAGUGUCUUCAUUGGUUGUAUCAACGGUUUAUACUCAGGAUCCAUAUCUGAAUAGAUUUUUCCAGCAGUGCCAAAAAAGAAACAGAGAUCUCUCCCAACCACCUACCUCAAACUUUAUCAUCUCCUGUAAGAAUUUGCUUAAAAUUGAGAAGAUCCAUGUCAUUGUGAAUUUUCUUCCUGUGAUUCUGAAUCAGCUCUUCUGGGUUCUUGUGCAGAAUAAGGAGGAUGAAAUUACAACCACUGUGACCAGGGUGCUUACUGAUAUUGUUGCCAAGUUCCAUGAAGAACAAUUAGACCACUGUAUUCAGUCAUAUGUAAAGUACGUAUUCAAGACCAAGUCAUUUGAAGAAAGGACCGUUCAUGAGGAACUGGCCAAGAACAUGACUGGUCUGUUGAAGUCUAAUGAUCAAAGAACAGUGAAACAUGUUUUAAAGCACUCCUGGUUCUUUUUUGAAAUUAUCUUAAAAUCAAUGGCUCAGCAUUUGGUGGACACAAAAAGUAUACAGAUCCCUCGCACUGAGAGAUUUCCAGAAUCAUUCCAAAGUGAGCUGGAUGCACUCAUCAUGGUCAUAGCGGAUCAUGUUGUUUGGAAACACAGGGAUGUUCUUGAAGAAACAAAGAAUGCAAAUCACAGUGUUGGCAGGUUUCUGAAGCGUUGUUUCACAUUCAUGGAUCGUGGAUUUGUCUUUAACCUGAUCAACAGCUAUAUAAGCAUGUUUGGACCAGGUGACAGCAAGAUUUUGUUCCAGUAUAAAUUUGACUUCCUUGAAGAAGUAUGUAAUCACGAACAUUUCAUUCCUCUGUGCCUGCCUAUGAGAUCUGCAGACAUUCCAGAUCCAGCGACACCUUCUGAAACAACACAGCAGUUUCAUGCAUCGGAUAUUCCGGAAUAUACUGUGACAAAUGAGUUUUGCCGGAAGCAUUUCUUAAUUGGAUUACUUCUGCGGGAGAUUGGGUUUGCACUCCAGGAAGACCAGGAUAUUAGGCACAUGGCCCUGGCAGUACUAAAAAAUCUCAUGGCAAAACAUUCAUUUGAUGAUCGAUACACAGCCCUGGAGAAACAGGCAAAGAUAGCAAACCUGUAUAUGCCUCUGUAUGGCAUGCUUUUGGAUAACAUGCCAAGGAUCUAUAUGAAGGACAUGUUUCUGUUCAACAUAAAUACAUCCAAUCAGGGAUCCAGGGAUGAUUUGAGCACUGCUGGUGGGUUUCAGAGCCAAGCAGCAAUGAAGCAUGCAAAUUCUGUAGAUACCUCUUUUUCCAAAGAUGUUCUUAACUCUAUAGCAGCCUUUUCAUCAAUAGCUAUUUCUGCAGCAAACCAUGCUGACUCCAGAGGCUCCUUAGCAAGUCUCGACUCUAACCCAAGCACCAAUGAAAAGAACAGUGAGGCAACUGAAACUUGUGAAAAGAUUGUGAGGCCAUUAUCUCUUAUUGGGUCAGCUCUUCGUUUUGACAAACUGGAUCAGGCUGAAACAAGAAGUCUCCUUAUGUGUUUCCUUCACAUUAUGAAAACAAUUUCAGAAGAUACAUUGAUCUCCUAUUGGCAGAGAGCACCAUUCACGGAGAUAACAGACUUUUUCAGCAUUUUAGAGGUUUGCCUUCAAAAUUUUAGAUAUCUAGGAAAACGAAACAUAGUGAGGAAAAUUGCUGCUGCAUUUAAAUUUGCUCAAACAACCCAGAAUAAUGGAACCCUGAAAGGCUCUAACUCAUCCUGCCAGAUGUCUGGACUUCUGCCCCCGUGGAUACAUUCUGCUUCCAACAGUGAGGUUCACAAGCACCACAGAUCUCAGACUUUACCAAUCAUCCGUGGCAAAAAUGCCUUUUCCAAUCCUAAACUCCUGCAGAUGAUAGACAGCACCAUUGCAAGUGGUUCUAAUGAAACAGAUAUUGUGAACUACGUAGAUACUGAAGCCAACAAUGCCACAGAAGUUUGCCUUACUAUUCUUGACCUAUUAUGUCUGUUUACUCAACAUUACCAGAGACAACUUCAACAAUCAGAUUGCCAGAAUACACUGAUGAAGAAAGUCUUUGAUACUUUCCUGCUGUUUUUGCAAAUCAAUCAUUCUGCAGCUGCUCUCAAACACGUUUUUGCUGCUCUUAGAUUGUUUGUGAGUAAGUUCCCUUCAGCAUUCUUCCAAGGGCAAGCUGACUUAUGCGGCUCAUUCUGCUAUGAAAUUCUUAAGUGCUGUAAUCACAGGUCACGGUCAACUCAAACAGAAGCCUCCGCACUUCUUUUUUUCUUCAUGAGAAAGAAUUUUGAAUUUAAUAAGCAGAAGUCAAUAGUCAGGUCCCAUCUGCAGCUCAUCAAAGCUGUAAGCCAAUUGAUUGCAGAUGCAGGGAUUGGAGGCUCUCGGUUUCAGCAUUCACUGGCAAUUACAAAUAACUUUGCUAAUAGAGACAAGCAAAUGAAAAACAGUAACUUCCCAGCAGAAGUGAAAGACUUGACCAAACGCAUAAGGACAGUUUUAAUGGCUACAGCUCAGAUGAAAGAACAUGAGAAGGACCCUGAGAUGCUAGUGGAUUUGCAGUACAGUUUGGCAAAUUCAUAUGCCAGCACACCUGAAUUACGUAGGACAUGGCUGGAGAGCAUGGCCAAGAUCCAUGCUAGAAAUGGAGACUUAUCAGAGGCUGCUAUGUGUUAUAUCCAUAUAGCUGCCCUUAUUGCUGAAUACCUGAAAAGGAAGGGUUACUGGAAAAUGGAAAAGAUAUGUACUUCUCGUAUGCUCCCGGAAGAUGCUGAACUCUCUGAUAGUAAUGUGUUACUAACAACUCACACUGGAGGAAGCUUAUUUUCUAUGGGAUGGCCAGCUUUCCUCAACAUUACACCAAAUAUUAAAGAAGAAGGAGCUAUGAAGGAAGACUCUGGAAUGCAAGAUACACCAUAUAAUGAGAACAUCCUUGUGGAACAGCUAGAAUUAUGUGUUGACUAUUUGUGGAAAUCUGAAAGAUAUGAACUCAUUGCUGAAGUUAACAAGCCAAUAAUUGCAGUAUUUGAGAAACAUAGAGACUUCAAGAGACUGUCUGAGUUGUACUAUGACAUCCAUAGAUCUUAUCUGAAAGUGGCAGAAGUGGUAAAUUCUGAGAAGCGUUUGUUUGGACGAUAUUACCGGGUAGCGUUUUACGGACAGGGCUUUUUUGAAGAAGAGGAAGGUAAGGAAUAUAUCUACAAAGAGCCCAAAUUAACAGGCCUGUCUGAGAUUUCUCAGAGGUUGUUGAAGCUUUAUGCAGAUAAGUUUGGAGCUGACAAUGUGAAGAUAAUUCAAGACUCAAACAAGGUUAACCCCAAGGACUUAGAUCCAAAAUAUGCUUACAUCCAAGUGACAUAUGUCACACCCUUCUUUGAAGAUAAAGAAGCCGAAGAGCGGAAGACUGACUUUGAGAUGCAUCACAAUAUCAACCGCUUUGUGUUUGAAACACCGUUCACGUUGUCAGGGAAGAAGCACGGAGGCGUGGAAGAGCAAUGCAAGAGAAGGACCAUUCUGACAACCAGCCAUUUAUUUCCUUAUGUGAAGAAGAGGAUACAAGUCAUAAGCCAAACAAGCACAGAGCUGAACCCCAUUGAAGUUGCCAUUGAUGAGAUGUCUAAAAAAAUUUCAGAACUCAACCAGCUUUGCACAAUGGAAGAAGUAGAUAUGAUCAGGCUACAACUGAAACUACAAGGAAGUGUCAGUGUCAAGGUAAAUGCUGGGCCAAUGGCUUAUGCUCGAGCUUUCCUUGAAGAAACAAAUGCUAAGAAAUACCCAGAUAACCAAGUUAAACUUUUGAAGGAAAUCUUCAGGCAGUUUGCAGAUGCAUGUGGGCAAGCUCUUGAAGUUAAUGAACGGCUUAUUAAGGAGGACCAGUUGGAAUACCAGGAAGAAAUGAAAUCUCAUUACAAGGAUAUGCUCACUGAGCUCUCUGAAGUUAUGAACGAACAGCUCUGUCAUGGUCAGUGUUUAUACAACUUCUCUGCUUCACUGUCUAACAUUUCCCUCAAUACUAUAGCCAAAAGUGAUCACAUGCAAGGAGGAUUCUGCAAAGCAGCAAGGACUGGAACCACCUUAUUCCCAUGCAAUCAGUAGAACAAUCACAGCCCCACCUGGACCACAGGUAGCAUCAAAUACUGAUAGCUGAAUCUGACUUUCAACAGUUCGCUAGAGAACUUUGGGAUAAGCAAAUCAUGAAGGAUCCCAGGAAAAUGAAAUGUGGUACCUUGUUUUAAUUUAUUAAACAUUUUCAGUGUUAUUUUUUUUAAUUGUCAGUUUGAUAUUUUUUUAAUGUUCUUGCCUUUUCUGAUAUUUGCACAUUUCCAGUUGUUUUCUUUAUUAUGGUUCAGUCUUGAUUAAACCGAUUGAACAUGAAAUUUCCAUUGAACCUUUAGUUUCAGAACAAGCCUUAUGCUUGCUGUAAAUGAUAAUAGAAUCUAAUACAAGUCCUAGUAUACAUAUAUUUUAAAGGUCAAAAGUGGAUGUUUUAUAACCUUUAAGAAUAUUGCAAUUGUAAAUAGAAGAUGUGUAAAAUAUGUCAUUUUUACAAAAAAAUAGUUAAUAAUUGACAUUGCUAAAA